AUGUUCUCCUUUUUCGGCUGGGGCUCCCGUCCCCAACCGGACCCUUCCACAUCGCAAGAGAAGACCACAUCCCCGGAUCGCAACAAUGAGCCAACAACAUCACCCUCUUCCGCUUCCAUUCCAUCCCAAUCUCAAUCGUCCUCCCAAUUAGCCCAGCAAACUCGCCCGCCAGGCCUAGCGCCAAAUGUUAAGCUCCUCUUCGGUGGAAUUGCCUUUUUCACCCUUUCAGUCCUGAUCACGCGACGCUCUACCCUAAAGAAAAGGAUUGCCUGCAUUCCACCCUUCUACACGAGCUCACUCUACCACCAGCCCCAAGCGAACGGAGCGAUGGAGGCACUCGAGGCGCUAAAUCUGGCCACCAUCAACGUUUUGUCGUUCGGCAUGCUGGCUUCCGGCGCGGUGGCGUAUGCGUUUGAUAUCAACGGGCUCGAGGAUAUGCGGCGGGUUGUGCGAAGUGGGUUGGAAGAGGGGGGCCCUGGUGCUGGGAAAACGGAUGAGGAGAUGGAGAAAGAGGUUACCCAGUGGGUUGUUAGUGUUCUCGGGGAUCGGUUUGAGACGCAGCUGGAGAAGGAGAAGGAGAAGACUAGGAGGUUGGAGGGUGAGAAGAAGUGA